AUGUUUAGUAGAGGUGGAAAUAGUGGACAUCUUUUAUUUAAUCAUGAUCUGUCACAGGUUGGGUGGCCUCAGAAACAGAUCUUGAGAUGGAGAUUAGUGUGUGGAAGAUGUGUUAGGAGUGAUCCUGGGAUCUACUGGGUAGAUGGAAUGAAGUCACAGGAGGACUGGAUUGAAAAAGAAGUUGGGCUACAAUGUGAUCACAGAGAAUACCUCAGCCAACCCAUGAGGACCUCUGAAGCCAAUGCAUCUCUUUCAAGUCCCUCCAAGUGGGAGAAGAGGACCAAGUUUUGUGUCUCUGUAUUAACCAGUGACUGGUUGAGGACUCUCCAGGUGAGGAAGGUGAUGUACCUUUGGAUGAGGUGA